AAUGUAUACAAAUUCGUCCGUUAAUAGGGAUUAUCCUUCUGUGACACAUAAUUUGUCCUUACAUACUCGAUUUUCACGAGUACCGAAUGAAAGUACUGGAAAAUCAUCUUGGUGGAUUAUCAAUCCAGAUGCUAAACAAUCCAAAGCCCAACGUCGUCCCCGGGACAGGGCGUCUUCAAUGGAUACCCAAAAAUAUAUGGCCAAAAGGCGAAAUGCUAAAAAGAGUACAGAAUAUAAAAGGACAGCCGCCGCUUUGGCUAAAGGGGAUUUAGUUUCAAAUAGUACGGACGAUUUACACUACCAACUUUCACCACAGCCACUGUGUGAAAGGUCUGGGUCAAAUACAAGUAGCCUGCAUCAACUCUCCCCGGUUCCAGUUUUAGAAGAUUUACUUGAUGAUACAGCUUCUCACUGGCCAGCUCAAAAUGAAAAUUUUUCAGAAAGUUUGGCUCAGAGUUUUGCGUCCGUUAGCGUUCAGGAUUCGUUACAACGUCGAUUGAAUACACCGAGUCCAAGACAAAGUUUAAACGUAUCUGCAGAUGGUACCUCUCCCAACUAUUCCGGUAUCAACGAUACUGUGGAUCAUAAGAAGAGCCCAUCUCUCUUGGAAAGUCUUUUGGACGCCCCAUCUCCUCCGAACCCCCAUGUAUCGCAGAUGAAUAAUCCAAACAGAUCCCCGUUGACAAAAUCGCAGGUGAACGUUCCUAACAAUACGGUAUCUAUGUUGCGCGAAGCGUUGUUAUCGAAAAAUCCACAAUUGGUUCAACUGCAUUUACAGCAGCAGCAAAUGCAAAAUUUCUCUGAUCCAGGAUACACUGUGCAACCGAAUAGCUUUCCCAUUAAACAGGAACCUAUCUAUCACUUCUCUGAGCAGGAACAGAAUGCUGUAAACGAUUUCGAUUUAUUUCAAGAUCCGAACAAUGGAAGACAGUAUCCGAUAACUAUAAAACAAGAAUUUCCAAAUCAAAUUCAACAUCCCGAUUCCUUGCCUGAUUUGAAAGAUAUUGAUAUAUCAAAUGAUGUCGAUAUGUCCUGUAAUUUGGAUGAAAUAAUCAAUCAGGAAUUGGAUAUGGAAGGAACACUCGAAUUUAACUUCGAUCCAGCUUCCGGACAUAACGGUAAAUAUUUUAUGCGGUCCUUGCUUACUAUCGACGAGCAUCGUUGUUAUUAG